AGUACAGGUUUUUAAUUCUAUCAAGUCACUUUCAUUCGAUUAAGCCAACCCUCGUAACCCCCACUUACACUGCCAACACCGCCAACACCAUUUACAACCAAUACCACUACAACUUCCCACAUGCGUGUUGCCUACUUCGUCAUAAUUGACAUUGUGAAGAGUGAUAACUAUAUCAACCCACCUUUUUUAUUAGAUAAAUGUGAACCCAACCCCCUUGAAUGAAGUGUAGCUAUAAAACGUUUAAGGUACAGGGCCUGGGUCUCUAUACGACUUUGCCAACAAUACUGACUCAUUUAGAGAAGUUUAACUAACGAGCAGCAAUGAAAGAUAUAUUCCUAAUGACACUAUUACUAUGGUUGUGUGUUGUUCCUGAAGCUUUCUGUUCAACGUCGAAGUCUUCAGCAUUGAAAAUCCGUAUAAGAGAACCACUCGGAAUUAAAACAAUGAAGCGAACAGCUCCAUUCAGACAACAAUCAACUGGCCCACCCACCGGCUGGUGGCUCUACGCUAAUGGUUUUGAUAACCGUGGUAAGAAAUUGGAGAAAAAGUUCUUGGGUCGAAAUGAAAGUGCUUUUUCAAGUGGAACAAUUACUGCGCGGGCCCUCCUAGAAGAUUUUAUUGAGAAUCUCAAGUUAAAAAACAAUGGAAAGCUAGAAGUUUGUCUGAAUCGAUAAGAUGUCCCUUCGCUUCGGCAAUGGCAAGACACUCAUCAUCAAUCUCGUGAAACCACUUGUUAACGCAGAUAAACACGAUAAAAUGACCAACCAUCUUCACCAAGUUGCAACAGAAGCAGCAGCAGCAGCAGCAGCAGCAGUAACUACGAAGUAAACCGUUUCCCAGCCUGUUUUUUUCUUCUUCUUCUUCUUCUUCUUCUUCUUCUUCUUCUUCUUCUUCUUCUUCUUCUUCUUCUUCUUCUUAUGCUACAACACCUACAACAACAAAAAACAGCUCAACUAAAGAGAUUGACUGGAAAUAAUAUCAGAACUCAAUAAACUAUUCUUAAAUUGA